GCUCUUUGCAGGAGGUCAGUGUGUUCAGAUAGAAGCGAGGUGUUUAACUAAUAAUGGCCGUGGAAUCUCGAGUCACACAAGAAGAGAUAAAAAAAGAACCAGAGAAACCGGUCGAUAGAGAAAGGACAUGUCCGCUGUUACUGAGGGUGUUUACAACUAACAAUGGCAGACAUCACAGAAUGGAUGAAUUUGCCCGGGCAAAUGUCCCAUCCAGUGAGCUGCAGAUCUAUACAUGGAUGGAUGCAACUCUGAAGGAGCUAACCAGCCUAGUGAAAGAGGUCUACCCAGAAGCUCGAAAGAAGGGCACGCACUUCAGCUUUGCGAUUGUCUACCCAGAUCCUAACCGCCAGGGCUACAGGGUGAAGGAGAUUGGCAGCACAGUUUCAGGAAGGAAAGGCACAGAUGAUUCCAUGACGUUGCAGUCACAAAGGUUCCAGAUAGGAGACUAUUUGGACAUAGCAAUCACACCUCAGAACAGAGCACCGCCUCCACUGGGACGCAUGCGACCUUACUAACAAGAUCAGCAAAAUAAAAGGGCUUCUGGGCUGGUUAAAUGCACACACACCCCCCCCAACUAGAUAGACAUGCAUUCUGUACAUUUUCAGUAAUUGUCUCAUUCCCACAUUAUUAAAAUUGCAGUUUAUUUUUAAAAGCCCUUCUAAACUUUGCAACAAUACAGAUUUUUGUCAACUGUAUUUUGAUGCAAGGAAAAUCUAAUCUUGUUAGAAAUGUACUUUUGGAUUGUAUGUUGUGUUUAUGUUAAUAAAUACCUGAAAUUGUUUGAA